AUGCCUGAUAUAACAGCUGGUCCGGUUGGCUUGGUCACUGCGGCUCAACUUUUGCGAAUUGGCCUCACAGUCAAGAUUGUCGAUAAAGCCAGCGCGGCGCUGAGUGUUGGUCGUGCUGACGCUAUUCAGCCUCGAAUUCUGGAAAUUAUGAAGCAACUGGGAUUGAUUGACGAGUUCCUGGGGUCAGGGCCGCGGAUCGACCAUACAAUUUUUUACAAGGAUGGGAAAUUCAUGGUCUUUCGCCGCAGCCACUCGAGCCAAUCUGAAUUCAAGUUUCUUCAGGUAAUCGGCCAACCCGAAAUAGAGCGAAUCCUGAUUCGCGAUAUUGAACGGUUUGGAUGUCAUAUCGACCGAUGUACGACUCUGAGUGGUUAUUAUCCAGUCGAACAUGUGGAUAGUGCCGGGAUCAAGAGAGUGAACCUUAGAUUUCAUUUGGAUGACGGUAGGGACAAUCGCGGGGCUAUAUGCGACUCCACUUACCUGAUUGGCUCUGAUGGUGCCCACUCAUUUGUGCGGGCAAGUCUCUCAAUUCCAUUUGAUGGCAUCGCAACUGGUCUUGUUUGGCAAAUUGUUGAUUGUGAAUGGGAAACAAAUUUCCCACACGCUUGGGUUUUCGGUUGUGUGCUUAAUAGCACUCAUGGAGGUGUUCUCAUUAUUCCCCGGGAGAAUAACAUGGCUCGUUUAUACGUGAAUGUCAUUCCUGAAGACGGUCAAGCUACUGUGGAUCGCUCUAAGGAGUCUGUGUCCACGGCUUUAGAACGAAUUAGGAAGGUAUUCCAUCCUUACACCAUCAAACCGAAAGGACCCAUUGAGUGGUACACCAUCUGGAGUAUCAAUGAACGAGUCGCCAGGGAUUUUUGUGAUCCUACUAACCGCAUAUUCCUGGCCGGGGAUGCUGCGCAUUGCCACAGUGCGGCUGGUGCUUAUGGACUCAAUACUGGGAUCAUGGACAGCCAAAAUUUGGUUUGGAAACUUGCUCUAGAUGCCUAUGGUAUUGCAAAACCAAACCUGUUAUCGUCGUAUCAGACGGAACGCCGCUUCACUGCCUUACGUAUCGUGGAGGGAUCAAGCCAAUUUCUUCGCUUCCUCUGUAAUCAACAAAGCACAAGCACAUUUGCAAAGCAAUUUCAGUUCAACGAAGAUGAAAAGUUUGAAGCACCUGUGUUUGUGGCCGAAAACGAACCAGAGGGCAUGGAUCAAGACCAAGCAUUUUUCGCUUGGUACGCCAAGACAUAUACUGGUCUCCUCACUGGCAUGGACGUUGGUUAUAAACCAAGCUUGCUUAACGCAUGGCCGGCGGCUUGUAAAAAGCAGCGAGCUGACCAAAUUGCAGAAACGUAUCUGUCCUCUCCUAUGAAAGAUGUAUGCAGUGAGGGGAGUGCUAUUGUUCCUGGACACCCUAUGGGAAAUCCACUUGUUUUCUCUCAGUCGCGAAAACGGGUCCAGCGCCUAUACGAUGGCUUUCUUCCAUCCCCUGCUUUCAAUAUCGUUAUCUUUAUUGGGUCAUUUAGUGGGCUAAUUCGAGAAUCCGUUCUAGAUGCCGUCGCUCACUUCGCCCGACCUGAAAGUUUUCGAUUAAAAUUCACGUCACAGCCUAUUUUCAAAUUACACCUGGUGACAACAAGGUGCAACAGCAUGGAUACACAUCAAUGUGUGACGAUUCCGUUAGGUCUCACGUUCCAAAACAAUGCAUGCCAAGGAGAUGAUCCGGAUUCUUGGAUCAGUGUAUAUUUGGAUGAUAAGCCAGAGGCUGAAAGUGCUCACGCAUUUUUUGGUAUUGAAUCUAAUGACUCAUUAGAGCAAGAACGCGUCAUGGUCGUGCGUCCGGAUCUUUGGCUUGGUACUAAGACAACACUUUCCAAUUUCAAACAAGGCCUUGAAUCGUAUUUUGACGGGUUUCUACAUUCUUGA